AUGUUACUGCUCCAAAUUAUAUCAUACUUUAUCAUCUUUAACACGGCUAGAUUGGUAGUUUCUAUAAGUGUUGACAAUACACAAAUAUUAGCCGAAUCUAGACAAACCAUUACAACACAGAACGAGAACAAAAGUAAUAAUAUUGAUCAUCAUGUUUUACCUGUUAUUGAGAUUGUAGGUAGCAAAUUUUUCAAUACUGAAACUGGAGAACAAUUUUUUUUAAAAGGAAUAGCAUAUCAGCCUAGCAGAACAAUUCCUGAACUAAAAGAACUCGAAAAACAAAAAAAAAUAUUAAAGGAAAGCAAUAAUGGACACACAACAGUAGCAAAUGAGGUUAAAUAUAUCGAUCCUUUGGCUUCGCCGGCUCUCUGUUUGCGUGAUUUACCUUAUUUAAAAAAACUUGGUGUAAAUAGUAUCAGAGUCUACUCUGUUGAUCCAACAAAGAAUCACGAUAUCUGCAUGGAAGCUUAUGCUAGAAGCGGUAUAUAUGUUUUACUUGAUCUAUCAGAACCAGACAAUUCCAUUGUUAGAGAAAAUCCAACUUGGAAUACAAGGACCUUUCAGAGAUACAAAGACGUGGUUGAUGCAAUGAGUAAAUAUUCCAAUUUAUUGGGAUAUUUUGCUGGCAACGAAGUGACGACUGACAGGACAAAUACUUUUGCUUCAUCCUUCGUUAAGGCAUCUAUCAGAGACAUUAAGGACUACAUUAAAAAUAGCAACCAUAGAAAUAUUCCUGUCGGAUAUGCCACGAAUGAUGAUCCGGAAACUAGAGACAAUUUAGCUCGGUACUUUGUUUGUGGAGAACAACUGUCUGAAGCUGUUGAUUUUUAUGCAAUUAAUAUGUAUGAGUGGUGUGGUUAUUCGUCCUAUUCAAGCAGCGGAUUCAGAGAUAGAACCAAGGAAUUUUAUGAAUUUCCCGUUCCAAUUUUUUUUUCAGAGUUUGGAUGUAAUACUGUUAGGCCAAGGCCCUUUACUGAAGUGGAGACAUUGUUUGGACCGCUAAUGACAAAAACUUGGUCUGGUGGCAUAGCCUAUAUGUAUUUUGAGGAAGAAAAUGGCUAUGGUGUCGUAAAAGUUAAUGAGAACCAAGAGAUUGAAGAAUUGGAAGAUUUCAAGUUUUUGAAAAAUGAGUUUGGAAAAGCCAAACCAAAUGGUGUCACAAAAGAUAGUUAUAAAGGCAAAAAAAAUCCCAAAAAAUGGCAGUGUCCCAAAACAAACACUUUAUGGAAAGCAAGUGAAAGGUUACCGCCAAUACCAAAUGCUUCUAAAUGUUCCUGUUUAACAUCAGACAUGCCAUGCUUUGUAGAAAAUUUGGAGUCACCAGAAGAAUAUCAAAAACUAUUUAACUAUACAUGCGGGCUUGUUAAUUGUUCUGAAUUGAAAAAUAAUGACGCACAAAGCGUGGUACUUGAUAAUUCAGAUACAGAAACACAUAUCUAUGGAACCUUAGCUGACUGUAGUAUAGAUGAACAAUUAUCUUUUGUUAUCAGUAAAUUGUACUUUUUAAAAAAUGCUGGAACAAACUCAUGUCCCUUAAGGCACAAAGCAGUUAAAUUUAAUCCUAAAUUUGGCAGCCAAAACAGUUGUAGUGAAGUAUUAAAAUUGAGCAAAACGGGUAACUCUGAGUUAACUAAAAUUACCAAAGAUAAAAAAAAUUCAGAUGGGAAAUAUAAACAGUCUACGGACAAAACAAAUGAAAAGACUACCGCCAAAGGUUCUGUUCAAAAAAGUGAGACUAAUAAAUUAUUCUCUAAAAAUAUAGGUUAUAUUAUAUUAAUAUUGACGUUAACAAUAUAUUUCUAA